AGAAAAUGAAAAUAUAAAACAUUUGUGUAAAAACUUUUUCCAAAUUCUGCAGAACUCAAAAUUAUAAAUGAAAUUGAAAUUCAUUUCUUUCGGAUUUGUGCAAAAGGUCUAGUUGCCGUGCAUCAAACGAAAUGCGUCGACUGUCUUUGCCUCCGGCAGAUCAGUUCUAGGGUUCAAUCCGAGUAAUUAAUUGCGGCGGUGCAGAAAACUCCAAACCGAUGGAUGGUAUAACACCAUAUAUUCACACAUACAGUCAUGUUUUGAUGAAACGUUCCCUUCCUCUUUUGUUGCACAGUUUCAGGAAGUUCUCCAGAAAAAAGGAGAUCGCAGAUUGUAAAAAAGUCACUUCGACAUGCCAGACAGACGCUCUCGCCCUGGACCCGAAGACCCCCCAGCCGAAGGUCGUCAUCGUCGGCGCCGGGAUGGCCGGCCUUUCUGCAGCGCAAAGGCUUUCCCAGUCGGGUUUCUACAACUAUAAGGUCCUCGAAGCGACAGAUAGACCUGGAGGGAGGAUACACUCUUGUUGGCUUGGUGAUGCGGUUGGUGAAAUUGGUGCCCAGUGGAUAAACGGAGGAAGCGUAGCUAACCCGAUCUUCACUCUCGCUUGUGUGGAAGGACUGUUGAAAGAGCCGCUUUCCGAGCGUACAGGCUUCACCGGGGACAAACUUCUUUGUCUCACUAGCGAUGGGAGGGCGAUCGAGCAACACAUCGCAGAAUCCGCUUUUCACAUAUUCAAACAGAUAAAGAACCAGGCCUACUCGCUUUUUAGCAUCGACACGUCCAAAUCCCACGGCCAUCUGAAAAACUUCAUCACCAAAAGGAUCAAGGAAGAGCUCGUGCUCGUACCGGAAGACUGGAGGUACGACGUUUCCAGAGUUUUAGUCGGCCUUGCGAAUUGUAUCAAGACCCGGUGGGGAGAAGAUCUGAACAAGAUGUCUUCCGAUCUGUUCGGCAGCUUUAUAGACGUCCCAGGAAAUCCCGUCCGGGUCCCUUUGGGAUUCGUCGGCGUUCUUGGACCGUUGCUAAGGGACAUUCCCACUGGCAAUAUAAUCUAUUGUAAAGAAGUCGAAUCUAUAAAAUGGGACACUAAAACUCCCAGGGCUAUAGUGAGAAUUAAAGAAGGGAAUGACGAACCGGCUGAUUUUGUCAUAGUGACCGUUUCCCUCGGCGUAUUGAAAAACCGAGCGUCCAGCUUGUUUCAUCCCCCUUUGCAAGAAGAAAAACAAACGGCUAUAAACAAUCUCGGAUACGGCCAUUUGAACAAGAUCAUUUUGGAGUACGCCAAACCGUUUUGGGCAGUCGGAGAAGGACUUAUGUGCUUCGCCUGGACAUCGGACGAGUUGGAACAAGACAAAACUUGGGUCAAAGGUAUAUCGACGAUCGAAGAACUCCCAGGCUCUCAGAACAUGCUCAUGACGUCCGUCGGCGGUCAAGAAGCGAUAGACAGCGAGAACUGCAGUGACGAAGAAGUGGCGGACGCCAUAACAACAAUGCUCAGGCGUUUUACAGGCGAUUCGACACUCCCUUACCCACUCAGCGUCAUCCGGUCAAAAUGGAGUACUGAUAAAAACUUCAUGGGUGCCGUGACUUACAUGGGCCUUGAGUCGAGCGUUGCUAACCAGUGUGACCUGGCCACUCCCGCCGAAGACCCUUGUUCACCAGGCUACCCUAUUUUACUGUUCGCGGGUGAAGCGACAGCCCCAGGUUUGUUCAGUACCGUCCAAGGAGCCAGGAUCAGCGGUGUCAGAGAAGCGGAGCGUAUAUUGAAAUUGACCAAGAAACUCGGAGGCCCGCCUGCUGUGGUCCCAGCUUAGGCGUCGCCAAUCAAUUGUCAAAUAUAAAGGGACUUGUGAUGCGUCAAACAUAAAUAAAAUAGUAAUUGUAAUUGUG